AUGUCCGGCCUGGGUCGCCCCCAAGGGCCUUCAUCCCCAGAAGAACCUUCAUUGCCUCUAGGGCCUGGGUCACCGCAAGGGCCUUCUUACCCGCAACAGCCUGGCUCGCCCCUAGGGCCCAGCUUGCCGCAAGGGCCGUCUUCCCCGCACAGCCUGGCCACCCAAGAACCUUCAUUGCCCCUAGGGCCCGGGUCACCCAAGGGCCUUCUUACCCGCAACAGCCUGGGUCACCGCAAGGGCCUUCAUCUCCGCAACAGCCUGGGGCCCGGCUCGCCGCAAGGGCCAUCUGCCCCGCAACAGCCUGGCUUGCCCCAAGGGCCCCAACAGCCUGGCUCACCCCAAGGGCCUUCAUCCCCACAAGAACCUUCUUUGCCCCUUGGACCUGGGUCGCCCCAACAGCCUGGGUCAUCCCAAGAACCUUCAUCCCCCCAACAGCCUGGCUCGCCCCUAGGCCCGGCUCACCGCAAGGGCCGUCUUCCCCCCAACAGCCGGCUCGCCCCCAAGGGCCCCAACAGCCUGGCUCACCCCAAGGGCCUCAUCCCCACAAGAACCUUCUUUGCCCUUGGACCUGGGUCGCCCCAACAGCCUGGGCCCGGCUCGCCGCAAGGGCCUUCAUUGCCUCAACAGCCCGGCUCGCCGCAAGAACCUUCAUUGCCUCAACAGCCUGGCUCACCGCAAGAACCUUCAUUGCCUCUAGGGCCUGGGUCACCGCAAGGGCCUUCUUACCCGCAACAGCCUGGCUCGCCCCUAGGGCCCGGCUUGCCGCAAGGGCCUUCUUACCCGCAACAGCCUGGCUCGCCCCUAGGGCCCGGCUUGCCGCAAGGACCUUCUUACCGCAACAGCCUGGCUCGCCCUAGGGCCCGGCUUGCCGCAAGGACCUUCUUACCCGCAACAGCCUGGCUCGCCCUAGGGCCUGGCUCACCGCAAGAGCCCCAACAGCUUGGCUCACCCCAAGGGCCUUCAUCCCACAAGAACCUUCUUUGCCCCUUGGACCUGGGUCGCCCCAACAGCCUGGCUCACCCGUAG